UUCACCGACGAUUCUGUAUGACAACUGUUCAAUUUCUGGAAGAAAUGCUACCGUGAAGUGGACUGUGCCCGAACACCAUUUUUGCAGCAUCACCAUGUACUCUAUUGACUAUAGAGAGACAGAGCCAACCAUUGAGAACUGGAGGCAGUUAAACGUUACGGGAAUUACAAGUUAUGAACUGCAUCUUCAGUACAGCAAGAAAUAUGAAGUCAUAAUUUUUGCUUGGAACAAACUAGGACGGAGUAAAACCAGCGAGGCGUGGGAUCCUAGAACAGCACAAGAUGUGCCGUUUGAACCAACCCUGCAUCAGCCAAUUCUAGGACAGUGCAACAUCAUUAACGCAUCAUGGAGUCCACCAAUGCGAGAGGCACUUGGAGAUCCAGUGUCCGCUUAUGUACUUCAGAUAAAAAGGACUGGGUCUGAAGGAUCUUGGAUCAACUGCUCAUCUUUCAGUGUUUUAAACUCAAUUUCAUGUCUAUAUGCUGACUUGACACUAUAUUCAGAUUAUGAUGUGAGAGUGCUGGCUAAAAAUAAAAUCGGGUACAGUUUGCCAUCCAACGUAUUGAAAAUUACUACAAGAGGAGCAGGUACAGAGCAAUCCUCAUUAUCACUCAAUAAUAAAUUCUGAUUUAAAUAAAGACUAAACCUGUGUAAUACAUUCCUCA